GUUCGCACUCACACACAGCUUUAAAGCAGACGCUCCAGUGACCUGAAGAUAUUGUCUCCGCUGGAAAGUGGAAUUGGAAGUUCGCCGUUCGCAUUCAGAGCGAGCGAAAAAGAGUGUUUUAUCUCAUAACUCAAUACGACAACAGCUCCCAUAUCGGAGUACUUCUUUCAAAACUACAAAAUAGUCGACGUCCACAAAGGCUGUUGAUUGAGGCUUCCUGACAGGAUGACAGAAGUGAUGAACACUUGUGAUUCGACGGUCGGAGACUUUGGAGUGGGCGGAGCCUCUGGAGAGGAGGGCAUAUCCUUUCAGAUCUUUCCGGACUCCCACGAGCGGUUCCCCAAACUGUCCAAGCGGCUGCCCUCCAUAGUGGUCGAGCCCACAGAGAGCGGAGAGGUAGAGAGCGGGGAACUCCGCUGGCCCCCAGAUGAUUUCAGUUCCCCGGAGGUCGCCCCUGAACAGGCCCAAGCCCAGGAAGCAGAGGAGAAACAUCCAGUUGAGGACGAGCACCUGGACAGAACGAUGGACGGAGUUUCAAAGUGACUUCUGCGGUGCUGGCCCCAAACCAGCCACUCACUGUGAAUGUCUCCAUGACGGACUGCAGCCUGAGGAGGAGGUUUCACGGCAAAGUCUCCGCCCGUCCAACCAACUCAUCGGUAGACCUCCACACCACACCUGGCAGAGCCCUUUACAACUGUCUUAAUUAGUUCAUACGUGCCAAACUCUAAAGUGGGUAUUUUGCUCCUGUAAAUGAUCUUGUUGCUUGUUUUCCUAUUGAUGGGGUUUCACAGCAACGUUUUUACACACACCCCUUUCAGAGUUUGUUGUGUCAUCUUUAGUUGUGAUCGAAAUGCGUUUUUCUGUAAAUAUAAUUUGAAUCUUUCUGCCUUAGACCAAAGUCUAUGACAUUGUACUGAGAUUAACACUGGAUGAGAAGAGCAUGUCUUUUACUUAACUACAACUGCUCGACUACUGUAGACUUUACUAAUAAAUAGAUUCAUAGCUUUUGAACCACUAAUGGUAAACACAUUGUAUCAUUAGAUUCUUAUUAGUUGAUGUUUUACUUUCCCCAAAGCCAGUCCAUAGAGCUUCAAAAAGAUGGAUCACUUGAAAUGUCAAGACCAAUGUUCACCUGAAAAGGUCAUAUCAUCAUAUUUAAUAUGUGUUGCACUGUUGCUCCUUAUGCUUUUGUUCGUGUUCAUUAAUGAACUGUUAUCCUAUCCAGCUAUUCUAGCUGAUUCAAAUAAUCUCUGAUAGAUAGGCAACAUUUUUGAUGGGAUGUUUUUAUAUGCACAAACAUAGAUGCUGAAGCACUUUAGAUUUCCUAGAUUUCCUUAAAGAUAUUUGUUUUAGUGGUCAAAUUGUGGAUCAAAUAAUUUGCAAAUAAGGUCAAAAGCGUGGAUGACCUGAGAUACAUUUAAAUACCAGAGUCACCAUAAUGUGUUUCAGUUUUUCACCAAAGUCUGUAUUGUAAUGAGCCAAACAUAAUGAAACUAGAGUCAGUCAACAUUCAUUGAAAACACAUCAGAAUCUUCAAUUCCUGCCUUUCUCUCUGAAACUACAUGGGCACUUCUUCAAUCGUAUUUAAACCUAUUCAUUAUCCCACUCAUGUACUUCCAUCACAGGGACAUGUGUGGGAUAAUAAUGUUUUGCAGCAUUGGUACUGUAGCACAGGCAGGAUAUCGCUGUUGUUAUGGUGAAGGUGGGUUAGGAACAGGCAAGCAGUGUCUCACAAGGUCUGCAGGACGUGCAAUAACCUUUUUUGUUUGUUGAAAGGAUAGAGAACAGUGUGUGCUUCGGACCAACACCAAUUGACAACAAUAUUACAAUGCACAAAAUUGUUUUUGGAAUCGGUUGAUUUGUGCUGUCACCAAGUGUUGACUAUGUCAUGUAGACAUGAGGAGUGAUUUUAGCUUGUGUUGACUCGAUUACUGUAAAAACUGUAGUAAAACUAUAUGUCACUCUAUUUUAGUGUGAACUGCACCUAGGAUUCAUCUCUGUCCAAAGGUAUGUGCCUUCUGCUCAUCUACACAAAGUAGCUCCAAUACAUCUAUGGACAUCUUCUAUGAGUAAUAAAACUUUCCAUAACCAACAAUGUAAUAACUUUGUUGUAAAACGUAUGUACUAUAAGUGUGCAAAUCAUUUAUGUGAUUUCGUAAGACAACAGUCAUGGUAAUAUACUGUUUGUGAUUUCUUAAUAAAUGACGCACAGCAUUG